AUGGAGCGCCGCGCAUUGCCUCUCCUCUGCCGCCUGUUGCUCUGUGCGACUCUCUGCACUGCCUACGGCGCGUCGGCCGCAUCAUUGCUCGCGCCGAUCCUCUCUCACCAUGGCGGCUCUUCUGCUGUUGCUUCUGCUGCUUCUGCUGCGGUCAGUCCUUCUGCCGCUUCUUCCACUGUUAAUCCUUCCGGUUCGGUGGUGCACGGGAGAUUAAUCUUGAAGUGGGUGGCCCAUUUGCGUCCUGCCAAGUUCAACGGGAAAGUGGUCGGUGACAGAGGAGCAUCGGGGAAAGUGAAGUUGAAGGUGGUCGAGCUCACACCAUCGCUCUACAAGCUGAGCUAUGAUUACAAGAUUUUUAGCCUUAGGGGAGGCGAUGCUCCCAAGCUGGGUUACCUGGAUUCCUGCUUCGCCGACGGUAUCCUCGCGCCCGCCACCAUGGUAAACAUCACAAAGCCCAAGACCCGCCGCAGGCGUUACAGCUUCACGAGCCAUGGGGAGCUACAAGCCAACUCGGAGAGUACUGCUCGCAAGUCUAUAGAGUCUUUUACACAGUCAGGAGCGUUUGCGGUUGUGGGACGCGAAGGUAACAAGGUUGCUCUCUGUGGGAAGCUUAAGAAAAAGGUGAAUUAA